AUGGCUCCCGCCAUCGGUAAGUCGACACCGCAACCUCACCCUGAGUCACAGCAACAGCAAGCUAACACACCGUCCAUAGGUAUCGAUCUAGGUACAACCUACUCAUGUGUGGGCAUUUUCCGAGAUGACCGCAUCGAAAUCAUUGCCAACGACCAAGGCAACCGAACAACCCCUUCAUUCGUCGCCUUUACGGACACUGAGCGUCUGAUCGGUGAUGCUGCAAAGAACCAAGUCGCCAUGAACCCUCAGAACACAGUCUUCGAUGCCAAGCGACUGAUCGGCCGAAAGUUCACGGAUGCCGAAGUCCAGGCUGAUAUGAAGCACUUCCCAUUCAAGGUCAUCGACAAGGGUGGAAAGCCAGUCAUCGAAGUCGAGUUCAAGGGCGAGGUCAAGCACUUCACACCCGAAGAAAUCUCAUCCAUGGUCUUGACCAAGAUGAGAGAGACAGCCGAGUCCUAUCUCGGUGGCACUGUCAACAACGCAGUCAUCACUGUCCCUGCAUACUUCAACGACUCUCAACGUCAAGCCACCAAGGACGCUGGUCUCAUUGCCGGCCUCAACGUCCUCCGCAUCAUCAACGAACCUACCGCAGCUGCCAUUGCCUACGGUCUUGACAAGAAGGCUACUGGCGAGCGCAAUGUCCUCAUCUUCGAUCUCGGUGGAGGUACUUUCGAUGUUUCCCUCCUGACCAUCGAAGAGGGUAUCUUCGAAGUCAAGUCUACUGCUGGUGACACUCACUUGGGUGGUGAGGACUUUGACAAUCGUCUGGUUAACCAUUUCGUUACUGAGUUCAAAAGAAAGUAUAAAAAAGAUCUCUCAUCCAACGCCCGUGCUCUCAGACGUCUUCGAACCGCCUGCGAGCGUGCCAAGCGCACUCUGUCCUCAUCUGCACAGACCUCCAUUGAGAUCGACUCCCUCUACGAAGGUAUCGACUUCUACACCUCGAUCACCCGUGCCCGUUUCGAGGAACUUUGCCAGGACCUCUUCCGCUCUACCAUGGAGCCUGUUGAGCGUGUCCUGCGCGAUGCGAAGAUCGACAAGUCUUCUGUCCACGAGAUCGUCUUGGUCGGUGGUUCUACCCGUAUCCCCAAGAUUCAGAAGAUGGUCUCCGACUUCUUCAACGGAAAGGAGCCAAACAAGUCGAUCAACCCUGAUGAGGCUGUCGCCUACGGAGCUGCUGUCCAAGCUGCUAUCCUGUCUGGUGAUACCUCCUCCAAGUCCACCCAAGAAAUCUUGCUGCUUGAUGUCGCACCGCUCUCCAUCGGUAUCGAGACUGCUGGUGGUGUCAUGACUCCUCUGAUCAAGCGCAACACCACUAUUCCUACCAAGAAGUCUGAGACUUUCUCGACUUUCUCUGACAACCAACCCGGUGUGCUCAUUCAAGUCUACGAGGGUGAGCGUGCCCGCACAAAGGACAACAACCUGCUAGGCAAGUUCGAACUGUCUGGCAUUCCUCCUGCUCCACGUGGUGUUCCUCAGAUUGAGGUCACCUUUGAUGUCGACGCCAACGGUAUCAUCAACGUCUCCGCCGUCGAGAAGGGUACUGGAAAGUCCAACAAGAUUGUCAUCACUAACGACAAGGGUCGUCUUUCCAAGGAGGAGAUCGAGCGCAUGCUUUCUGAGGCUGAGAAGUACAAGGCUGAAGAUGAGGCUGAAGCUGCACGUAUCUCCGCCAAGAACGGUCUUGAAUCAUAUGCCUACUCCCUCAAGAACACUCUAUCCGAUUCCAAGGUCGAUGAGAAGCUUGACGCAUCUGACAAGGAGAAGCUCAAGGCUGAAAUCGACAAGGUCAUCUCCUGGUUGGACGAGAACCAGACCGCCACCAAGGAUGAGUACGAGUCUCAACAGAAGGAGCUUGAAGGUGUUGCAAACCCCAUCAUGAUGAAGUUCUACGGCGCCGGCGGUGAAGGUGGAAUGCCCGGUGGCCCAGGUGGUUUCCCUGGUGCCGGUGCCGGUCCAGGUGGUUUCCCUGGCGCAGGUGCUGGUGGCCACGGUGGUGAUGAUGGCCCAACCGUUGAGGAGGUUGACUAA